AUGAGCCUCCUCCUCGCCUUCUACCUGCUCGGGUUGCUCAUCAGUCGCGGGCAAGCUCUUCUUCAAGUGACAAUUUCACUUAGCAAAGUAGAGCUUAGUGUGGGUGAAUCUAAAUUCUUCACAUGUACAGCAAUUGGUGAGCCUGAGAGUAUAGACUGGUAUAAUCCUCAAGGAGAAAAGAUAAUUUCUACACAGAGGGUAAUGGUACAAAAGGAGGGUGUCAGGUCACGAUUAACCAUCUACAAUGCAAAUAUAGAAGAUGCAGGGAUAUAUCGUUGUCAAGCAACAGAUGCCAAAGGACAGACACAAGAAGCUACAGUGGUUUUGGAAAUUUACCAAAAGCUCACUUUCAGAGAAGUGGUAUCGCCUCAAGAAUUCAAGCAGGGAGAGGAUGCAGAAGUGGUUUGCCGAGUUAGCAGCUCACCUGCACCUGUCGUCAGCUGGUUGUAUCAUAAUGAGGAAGUCACCGCUAUUUCCGACAAUCGGUUCGCUCUGUUAGCCAACAAUAAUCUGCAGAUUCUCAGCAUCAAUAAAAGUGAUGAAGGCAUAUAUAGAUGUGAAGGAAGAGUGGAGGCGAGGGGUGAAAUCGACUUCCGUGAUAUCAUCGUGAUUGUCAAUGUGCCACCAGCCAUCACGAUGCCUCAGAAAGCCUUCAAUGCCACAGCAGAGAGAGGAGAGGAGAUGACAUUAUCCUGCAGGGCCUCUGGCUCUCCGGAGCCCACCAUCUCUUGGUACAGAAAUGGCAAGUUCAUUGAAGAAAGUGAAAAGUAUAUACUGAAAGGAAGCAAUACAGAACUCACUAUCAGAAACAUAAUCAAUAGUGAUGGAGGCCUUUAUGUCUGUAGGGCCACAAAUAAGGCAGGAGAAGAUGAAAAACAGGCAUUCCUACAAGUCUUUGUACAGCCUCACAUAAUACAGCUGAAAAAUGAAACUACGUAUGAGAAUGGCCAAGUCACCCUCAUCUGCGAAGCCGAAGGGGAGCCUGUUCCAGAGAUCACUUGGAAAAGAGCCCUGGAUGGAAUCACCUUCUCCGAAGGCGAUAAGAGCCCAGACGGCCGUCUGGAAGUCAAAGGGCAGCACGGAAGCUCAUCCCUGCAGAUUAAAGAUGUGAAGUUGUCCGAUUCAGGAAGAUACGACUGUGAAGCUGCGAGUAGAAUCGGCGGGCACCAAAAGAGCAUGUACCUUGAUAUUGAAUAUGCUCCCAAGUUCAUAUCAAACCAAACAAUUUAUUACUCUUGGGAAGGAAAUCCGAUCAAUAUAAGCUGUGAUGUGAAAUCUAAUCCACCAGCAUCAGUACACUGGAGAAGAGAGAAAUUAGUCUUGCCAGCUAAAAACACUACUAAUUUAAAGACAUAUAGUACAGGAAGAAAGAUGAUAUUAGAGAUUGCACCUACAUCUGACAAUGACUUUGGACGCUAUAAUUGCACAGCCACUAAUCAUAUAGGAACAAGAUUUCAAGAAUAUAUUCUUGCUUUGGCUGAUGUACCAUCCAGUCCCUAUGGGGUGAAGAUUAUAGAGCUGUCACAGACCACAGCCAAAAUUUCUUUCAACAAGCCGGAUUCCCAUGGAGGUGUGCCUAUCCAUCACUAUCAAGUGGAUGUCAAAGAAGUGACAUCAGAAACCUGGAAAAUAGUACGCUCCCAUGGAGUUCAAACAAUGGUUGUUUUGAGCAACCUGGAACCAAAUACAACUUAUGAAAUCAGGGUUGCAGCUGUGAAUGGCAAAGGGCAAGGAGACUACAGUAAAAUAGAAAUCUUCCAAACAUUACCAGUUCGUGAGCCGAGUCCUCCAUCCAUACAUGGGCAGCCAAGCAGCGGGAAGAGUUUCAAACUCAGUAUCACCAAACAGGAUGAUGGAGGGGCCCCUAUUCUGGAAUACAUUGUGAAGUAUAGAAGUAAAGAUAAAGAAGACCAGUGGCUAGAGAAAAAAGUGCAGGGAAACAAAGACCAUAUUAUUUUGGAGCAUCUACAGUGGACAAUGGGGUAUGAGGUUCAAAUUACAGCUGCCAACAGAUUGGGAUAUUCUGAACCAACAGUCUAUGAGUUCAGCAUGCCGCCAAAGCCCAACAUUAUUAAAGACACACUUUUUAAUGGCCUUGGGCUCGGAGCAGUCAUUGGCCUGGGAGUUGCCGCACUCUUGCUAAUCCUUGUGGUAACCGAUGUCAGCUGCUUCUUUAUUCGGCAAUGUGGGUUAUUAAUGUGCAUCACCAGGAGAAUGUGUGGGAAGAAAAGUGGCUCCAGUGGCAAGAGUAAAGAACUGGAAGAAGGAAAAGCUGCCUAUCUGAAAGAUGGAUCAAAAGAGCCAAUAGUGGAGAUGAGAACAGAGGAUGAAAGAAUUACCAAUCAUGAAGAUGGAAGCCCAGUAAAUGAGCCAAAUGAAACCACACCACUAACAGAACCUGAAAAAUUGCCUUUAAAAGAAGAGAAUGGGAAAGAAGUCCUAAAUCCAGAAACUAUAGAAAUUAAGGUUUCUAAUGACAUCCAAUCAAAAGAAGACGACAGCAAAGCAUAA